CUUACCCUCUCCUUAUUACCUUCUCCUUCCCCUCUCCUUCCGCUCUACCCUCUACCCUCUCUCUUCUCUGUACUCAAAGUCGCACCCCCCGGACCAAGCCGACUGAGUCGGUUGAAACCUCGAUUGCUCUGAAUCGAGACGAGACACCGGACUCCAACCAUGAAGGCCCUCACUCUCUUCUCCUCCCUGGCUCUGCCCCUCCUGGGCGAGGCCUGCCUCCUCCCCGAGGAGCUGCUGGAUGCCGUUCCCGCCCCCCAUAUGGUCCUCCCCCGCCAGACUGGUAACACCGGCCUCGGCGUCGGCCAGGGAGACCGCUUCGAUGGCGGUUCCGUCGUGCCCCGCGGCCCCGGCUCCCAGGAGCACGGCACCGACAUGGGCCUGCUCCUCAACGUGAAGGAGAUCCACAGCGCCGUCCGGGCCCUCGUCGACGAGUACGGCAUCGAGUACUUCGAGGCCCCCGACAAGACCUACGACGGCAACCCCAUCUUCGGCGCCCGCGCCGGCGGCACCCCCGGCUGCGCCUCCAGCUACCACGUGUACUUCAACGCCGCCAUCCACGCCCGCGAGCGCGGCUCGGCCGACAAUAUCGUCUACUUCAUGGCCGACCUGCUCUACGCCAACAAGCACAACACCGGCCUGCGCUACGGCGGCCGCACCUACAGCAACUGCGACGUGCGUCGCGCCCUCGCCACCGGCAUCGUCUUCACCCCGCUCGCCAACCCGGACGGCGUCGCCUGGGACCAGGAGACCAAUACCUGCUGGCGCAAGAACCGCAACGCCACCAGCGCCAUCGAGGGCAACCCGGCCUCGGUCGGCGUCGACCUGAACCGGAACUUCGACUUCCUCUACGAUUACAUAGAGAAGUUCCACCCGGACGUCGGCCCCAGCCUCGCAUCCCAGAACCCGGCGGCCCAGACCUUCCAGGGCCUCUCGGCCUUCUCCGAGGCCGAGUCCCGCGCCAUCAGGUGGGUCAUGGACACCCACCCGUCGCUCGGCUGGUACAUGGACAUCCACAGCUACACCGGCGUGCUGCUCUACGCCUGGGGCAGCGACGAGAACCAGAUCCGCAAGCCGUACAUGAACUUCAUGAACAGCACCUACGACAACGUCCGCGGCCUGCUGCCCGACGACCCGGACGCCGGCGACGUCUACGGCGAGUACAUCCCCUCGCGCGACUGGGCCGACAAGGUCUACGCCGCCGAGCGCUCCAAGCUGGCCAUGCACGCCGCCACCGGCCGCUACUACGACGCCUACCCGGCCGCCCUCCUCUACCCCACCUCCGGCGCCAGCGACGACUACGCCUACGCCCGCCACUUUGUCGACCCCGGCCUGUCCAAGAUCCACGGCUACUGUCUGGAGUUUGGAUUCGGCAACAGCCAGGUCCGCAGCUGCCCCUUCUACCCAAGCCCGCAGCAGUACCACCAGCACCUCCUCGAGACCGCCUCGGGCUUUAUGGAGUUUCUCCUGGCCGCUUCCGAGAUUGGCCUGGGGCCUGAGGGCACCUGUUAAGGGGUCGCGGAAGUGGAUGUCACCAAGCUGUUGCAUAAGGCGGGGUUUAGAAAUUAGAAGGUGAUGGACAUGCGAGGGAGGGACAUGUACAGCUGCCUCUUGAGUCCCAGAUGUAGAAAGAAGUGUGUAUGUAUAUGUAAAACCUAAUACAACACGAAAACGUCGCACGUCGUUGACCUGUUCCUCUCGUCGCGGACCAUACGCAGGGUACACUACAGUAGUGGCGUGUUGGGACGUGUUGGGACGUGUUGGAACGUGGGGUCAAUCCAGACCACCAGGGACAUACAACGUACCUAUACUAAGGUACGUUAUUAACCAACGACACAAGGCGAAAAUGACUCUUCGUACAAUGAAGCC